CAUUAUAAUUUUUUUGAAGCGCGCGCGCGCACCCACAAAUGAGAAAAAUAACCAAAACUUUUCUCCGCCCCAUUCAUUACUCCCUCCUCCUCCUCCCGCCAAAUUCAAAUUUAAAAUCCCCGCGCCUCCUCAACGGUCACCUAGACUCAGCCCUGCUCCACAUGGCUCUCCGAGGGGCGGAGGCCAAAUUCCACAACUACGACACCGCAAUCACGGCGUGAGUCGAGCGCCGAUCGCUCCGGCACGGCCAGCGGGCCCACGCACACAUGAUAAGGCGCGGUACCGCCCCUCAGCGUACCUCGCGACGCGGCUCGCGAUCUUGUACGCAAAGUGCGGGGACAUGGGCGGCGCCCGCAACGUGUUCGACGAAAUGCCCGAGAGGAGCAUCGUGGUGUGGACGGCCGUGAUCUCGGGGUAUUCACAGAUGGGUUCGCACGGUGAGGCUCUGGAGCUGUUCGUUCGGAUGCUGGCCACCGGUAUUCUGCCCAAUGAAUUUACUUUGGCCACCAUUCUCACAUCCUGUUCUAGGGCAUGCAAGCUCGACCUCGGCAGGCAAGUCCACUCUAUCGCCAUCAAGACUAAUUUCGAAUCCCACAUAUUCGUUGGGAGCUCCCUCCUUGACAUGUACGCUAAAUCCAACAAUAUCCUCGAGGCCAGAAAAGUCUUCGACUUUUUGCCAAAACGGGAUGUUGUUUCUUGUACCGCUAUUUUAUCCGAAUAUGCCCAAUUGGGCCUUGAUGAAGAAGCCUUAUAGUUAUUUAGAGAGUUAUAUAAAGAGGGGAUGCACUGUAACUAUGUUACUUUCACCAGUCUUCUUACCGCACUUUCAGGGCUUUUUGCUUUGGACUAUAGGAAGCAAGUCCACAGCUUUACAUACCGACACGAAUUGCCAUUUUACGUUGUUCUAGAGAAUUCUUUGAUUGAUAUGUACUCCAAAUGCGGGAGCCUCACUUACGCGAGGAGAGUAUUCAAUAAGAUGCCGGAGAGAUCUUCGGUUAGUUGGAAUACCAUGAUUGUAGGAUAUGGCAAGCAUGGUUUAGGUGACGAGGUUAUUCAACUUUUCAAUUUGAUGCUUAGGGAAGUGAAGCCUGAUAGGGUUACAUUUAUGGCUGUUUUAUCAGGAUGCAGUCACGGUGGCUUAGUUGAUGAGGGUUUGAGCAUAUUUGAUUAUAUGAUUAAAGAAAAAGGAUUGAAACCGGAAAUCGAGCAUUAUGGGUGUGUUGUUGAUCUUCUUGGGCGGGCUGGAAGAAUAGAAAAAGCCUUAGAUUUUAUCAAAAAUAUGUCGUUUGAACCAACCACAGCUAUGUGGGGUUCGUUACUGGGCGCAUGUAGAGUUCACGUAAACAUUCCUGCAGGAGAGUUUGUCGCUAAAAGGCUUCUGGACAUCGAGCCAGAAAAUGCCGGCAAUUAUGUGAUCCUUUCUAAUAUCUAUACUUCUGCUUCAAGGUGGCAAGAUGUAGUAGAUGUCAGGAAGCUUAUGAUGGAGAAGGCAAUAAUACAAGAACCGGGAAGAAGCUGGAUAAACCUAGAUAAAGUUACUCACACCUUUUAUUCCGGUGAUCGAUUCCAUCCCAAGAAGGGAGAAAUCGAUGCCAUAACUUUGCAAAGUUUGUCUCCAUGGUGUAUGAAAGGGAAAUUUCUUUAA